UCUGAUAAAGCCAUCACUGAAUUGUUUAAAGUUUUGCUGGAUUUAAAAGCUUUUAAAAUCUGUUAUAACGUAUUUCGGAGAUGGAGGAGAGAAAGUUGCCCAAAUGGAUGGAAAAAAGGGCAGCCGCGAGGAAGAAAAUAAAUGAAACCCUUCACAUAGCCGAAACAGAAAUUGAGAAGCCUUUAUUGUCUUUUGACGGGAAGUUGAAAUAUUUUGAUACAGUGGGUGAAUGGGGUUUUGUUUGUGAAGCUAUUUUGAAACAGCUGGAGACACUUGAAGAACUGGUCAUCGGAUUUGACUUGGAAUGGCCUGUGAGGUAUAAACUCGGACAAAGGCAAUGCAGGACGGCCUUGAUUCAGUUAUGUGUCAGCAAAGAAAUUUGUUACUUGUUGCAAGUUUAUGAAUGGCAGAAGCUUCCAAAAGUGUUCGUAAAUAUUAUCAGACAUCCCAAAGUAAAACUUGUUGGUGUCAAUAUCAGAUGUGAUGUAUGGAAACUGGGGCGGGACUUUGGCAUUUCCGUGGCCUCCAUCAUGGAAAACAAUGCAGUGGAACUGAAUUAUCUGGCUAACAGACUAUUUUCUAUAAAUGAAUGUUGGAGCUUAGAAAGAUUAGUUUUAUUUGUACUAAAAAUGCGGCUUGCUAAACCAGAAGGUAUUAGAUUGAGCAAUUGGGUUCAAAACCCUUUGACAAAAUAUCAGCUUGAAUAUGCUGCAAAUGAUGCGUAUGCUUCUUUGAUUCUCUACAAUAAAUUGAAAGAACUAGAAGUCAAAUUUAACUUGAAAGAUGAGCAUUUGAAAUAAAGACCUGGCCCAAGUUGAGUGCAAGGAUCAAUUGAAGAUUUUUUCUUUGGUAGCCAUUAAUGAGUAAACUACAUCGAAGUAUUGGAUUCUAACGGGAAACUUCUUUUGGUUUUAGAAGCAGCUUACCUUUAUUUUAUUCUUCCAGA